AUGGCGCCUUCGGGAGAGUCUCGCGGCCGCGGCGGCCGAGCGGGCACGGCGCUGGCCCUGGUGCUCAUGGUCGCCGUGGCCGAGGUGCGGGCGGCGGCGCUGGCCUCCUACGACCAGCGCACCUCCGACAGGAUCCGCGGCGGCUACGACGGCGACAGCCUCUUCGACAGCCCGCACCAGGACCACUACCACCACCACGUCUACGAGCUCGUUAGGAAGCCCGUGGCGGCGCCCAUCGGCCUCGGCGCCGGCCUCCUCCCGGGCCUCGCGGGGCUCGGGGGACUCGCCGGACUCGGCGGCCUCGGCGGACUCGGAGGCCUCGGUCUGGGGCUGAAGGGCCUCGGCGGCCUCGGAGGACUCGGCCUGGGGCUGAAGGGCCUCGGGGUCACCGGAGUCUCGAGCGCCGGCGGCCUCCCGCUGCUCGGGCUAGGCGGCCUGGGCGGACUGGGCGGUCUGGGCGGACUGGGCGGCCUGGGCAGCCUGGGCUUGGGGCUCGGCCUCGGAGGCCUCGGAGGACUCGGCCUGGGACUCACCGGCCUCGCCCACCUCGCCAAGCUGCACGCCCUCGGGCUCGGCCUCGGCGGCCUCGGGUACAGCUCGCUCUACGGGGCAUCCACGCCCUACGGCAUCAGUCCCAUCGCGAGGUCCUCCUCCUACAACCUCGGGGACUCCAAGACGACUUCGGGCUGGUGA